CUUCUCUUCUCUUUUUCGUUUCGUUCGCUCGUUGGCUUUCAAAGUCGUUUAUUAUCCACUCGCUUCUUUCUUCUUCGACUGCGUAAGUGCUAGCUAAGCCUAGCCAAGUCAGCGCAGCAAGAUGUCGCUUUCCAGCUCCUUUUUACUUACCCUCACGCUGACGGGUGCUGCAAGGGCGGCUAGGUCGUUUAAUAUGACGGCGCAUAAUGGGUCGGUGGAUGCGACUACUUUAUAUAAAAAUACGAAUCAGGUCCUUUCGAUUCCGCUGAAGCGCGUCGAGCAUAAGGGCGCUCCGGCAACGAGUUUAGCGAAGAGGUACUUCGGGACGGAUGUUCUAGGUGUUUAUGGCGCGGCGUACUUUGCGGAGAUGGCAAUCGGUACAGGAGAUAACCCCCAGACGGUCAGCGUGCUACUCGACACGGGCUCCUUUGAGAUGUGGGUUAACCCGAAUUGCUCCGCGGCGAACGUAAAGGACUAUUGUGAAGCAUUUGGGCACUACGACCCGGCUUUGUCGCCUACUGCAAAGAGCCUAAAUACGAAUUUUGGGAUCCAGUACGGGCAGGGGAGCGCGAGCGGCGUUUAUUAUAAGGAUGAUGUCUAUCUCUCUGGCGCUAAGGUCAAAGAUCAACAAUUCGGUGUCUCGAAUACGUCGAGCGACGUCUGGUUCGGCAUAUUAGGUCUCGGGCGUGGUCAAGGGGGUGGCGUUGUCGAUUACUCAUCUAUCAUUGACUCCUUAGCCGAUCAAGGAUACACGAAUAGCAAGUUAUUCAGCUUAGACUUGGGAGGUCAACCUGGUCCUACUACUGCCGUGACGGGAGAAAUGGUCUUCGGUGGUGUUGAUACCAACAAGUAUGCCGGUAACUUGGCCAAGGUCCCGACUGAUCCUAAAGAUCCACACUACGUCGUAACGCUCAACUCUCUCUCCAUGCAAAGCCCUAGCACCGGCGCCAACGUCAACGUCUACGCCAACACCAGCGCCUACGCCAACACCAGCGCCAUCUCUGGCCAGAGCGAACCCAUUAAGGAUUCCAACCUCCCUCUCCAAGUCGUCGUCGACUCCGGAACCACGUUGUCCCUGCUCCCGGAAUCUAUGGUUACAGCACUGGCCGCCGGGUUCCCGGGCGCUACGUCCGACGGCAGCGGGGGUUACAAAGUACCGUGCGACUUGCGCAACUCGACAGAUAACACUUUGGACUUCGAGUUCGCGGGCGAAGGUACUAAUAAGGUCACGAUCACGGUGAGCUAUGCGGAUUUCAUCUGGUAUGGCGGCGACGAGUGCUUCCUCGGCGCGCAGUAUAAUAAAGAUAUUGGGGUGUGGAUCUUGGGGGAUACGUUUUUGAGGGGCGCUUAUGUCACAUUCGAUCAAAGCAACAACGCGCUAUACAUGGCGAACUACGCCAAGUGCGGCGAAGACUCGAAGUUGGUCCCCGUACCCGCCGGUGUAGACGCCGCAGCAAAUAUCCCCGGUUCUUGUGAGCAACCUGUCGUCAUGCGCCCGGCCUCUCCCGCCGGUCUCGAUCCAGACAGCACCAAGACUCCGCUUCCGCCGGCUGUUACUACCACCGCUACCUUGAACAGGCAAGCGAGCGCAGCCCCAGUAGCCCCGGAAGAUGACGAUGACUGUGACGAGGAAGACGAGGGCGAAGCUCAACAAGAGCACUUUGUGCAACAUAGCGAACAUUUCGAAUAUCACGAGACCUUCACGGCCUCGGAGACGUUCUUCAGCACGAUGUUCCGCCACGUCGUGUACACGAUGAGCGAGCAAGAAUACACGCGUCACGAGUCCUUCGUCACGACCUUCUGUCCGGGCGACAUCAUCCCUCCUCCCUCUCCCUCCCCGUCUCCGGCUGAAAUCAAGGUUCCUACUCAACCUCCACCCCCACCUCAGCCAACCGCCACUCAACCUCUACCUCCAUUUCAACCAACGCCAACUGCUACGCCGGCAGAACCGAGCGUGGUCCAAGUAACGCAGCCCGCGACCACGAUCCUGACACAGAAAAUCCAGGUCACUACCACCGAACGCUGCGAGACUAGCACCUACACGGUUACGAACUGCGACGUACUCGAGGCCGAUUGCACGGUGGGCGCGACGACGACGCGGAUGGUGACAUUUGUUGAUACUGUCAGAGUUACAGCGUACCCGGCAACCUCCACUGCUCCCUCUCCCUCUCCCUCCCCCUCUCACCCCUCCGUCGAAUCAUCAUCAUCGUCUUCAUCCCUGACCACCUUCGCCCUAGCCCCUGCCUCACCAUCACCAGCCCCAGCCCCAGCACCAUCAGCAGGACCAGCACCAUCAGCAGGACCAGCACCAGCACCAGCAUCAAUAAAGCCAGCGAUCACCACCCACCCCGCCCCCGCCCAUCCCUCCGUCUCCCUAGCCCCGGAUACCCCCACAACCUUCUUCUCCUACUCCAACCCGCUACCCCCUCCGCCUCCGCCGCCAGCCGCCCAGGGCGCGGGUGUAGUAAACGUGGGCUCAGCAUACGCGGGUGCGAGCUGGGGCUUUAACAACGGGAGCGUUAGUGCUGCUACGCCUGCCCCCGUCAACGCCGUUGCGCCAAGUCGGGCCGUGGGCACGGGGAUGAGUAUGAGUGUGGGGACAGGUAUGGGUAUGGGGGUUAACGCGAACGCGCCGACGCCGGCGAAGAGCACGGCUACGGCGACGCAUACGGGGUUCGUGGUCCCUACGUCCGGGACCGCGGCGAGGUUAGAGAGAGGGAGGGGGCUUGCCGAUGUGGGGUUGUUAUUGAGUGCGAUGGCUGUUGCGUGGGUUGUGCUGGUGUGAUGGGAUGGGGAAUAGGGGAAGAGAGGGAAAGGGGGGGGUGGUUGCCCAGGCGGUGCUGGUUGAUGACUGAACGAAUACCUACUCACUAACGAUACCAAAGAGAAAAAAAUGGGGGAGGAAAUACGGAAAACUGGGAAACAAAGGUAAUAAAUAGGGACGACGGACAUGCGAGGGUAAACGAUUAUAAGGAUAUAUGCCUACGUAUCUAGGAGGUGGUCAUUCGCAGAUUUUUGUUAGGGAUUUGAAUAUUAGGAGAUGAACGUACCUCGGGGGCAGAAUCAUGACGGGAUAAGGGGUAACUUACGAUUUGGUGUGCUGGGCAUAUAAACAAGCCCGGCUCGGAUUGAUUUCUGGAGAUGGAUGGGUUUCAUAUUUUCUUAUUAGAUACCUAGGUAGUAAACUUAAUUCAACCCGCCUUCAAAGUUAACA